AUGGUUGUCUGGAAUAAUAGUGAUUCUAUGGAGCCCACAUUUAUUCUGAGGGGUUUUCCUGGGCUGGAGUACGUUCAUUCUUGGCUCUCCAUCCCAUUCUUUCUUGUGUAUUUGGUAGCAUUUAUUGGUAAUGUUACCAUCCUCUCUGUCAUCUGGAUAGAGUCCUCGCUCCAUCAGCCCAUGUAUUACUUCCUUUCCUUCUUGGCACUAACUGACCUGGGUAUGUCCCUGUCCACACUUCCCACCGUGCUUGCCGUGUUAUGGUUGGAUGCUCAGGAAAUCCAGGCGAGUGCUUGCUAUGCGCAGCUGUUCUUCAUCCACACUUUCACAUUCUUGGAGUCCUCGGUGCUGCUGGCCAUGGCCUUGGACCGUCUGGUUGCUAUCUGCCUCCCACUGCACUACUCCGCUCUCCUCACCAACAGUGUAGUUGGCAGGAUUGGUCUGGCCUGCUUGCUGCGAAGCACGAGCGUCGUACUGCCCACCCCACUGCUCCUGAGACGCUAUCACUACUGCCGUGUCAAUGCCCUCUCCCAUGCCUUCUGCUUGCACCAGGAUGUCCUGAAAUUAUCCUGUUCAGAUGCCAGGAUCAACAGCGCUUAUGGACUGUGUGUCGUCAUUGCCACACUGGGCGUGGAUUCAGUCCUCAUACUUCUUUCUUAUGUUCUGAUUCUGAACGCUGUGCUGGGUGCUGCAUCUCGUGAAGAGCGCCUAAAAGCCCUCAACACGUGUGUGUCCCAUAUCUGCGUGGUGCUCAUCUUCUUUGUGCCAGUUAUUGGGGUGUCAAUAAUCCAUCGCUUUGGGAAACAUCUGGCCCCCGUAGUCCACGUCCUCAUGGCUGACAUGUACCUGCUCCUUCCCCCGGUGCUUAACCCUGUUGUUUACAGUGUCAGGACAAAGCAGAUCCGUCUAGGAAUUCUCCGCAUGUUUGGGCCAGGGAGGAAGUUUUAA